CUCAACUCCACAAUUUGUAUCCAAAUAUUUCUCAAAAAUUAACACCAUGAUCAGAACCAUCUCGUAUUUGCUUGAAGAUAUCAACAUGGAUGUGCCUGCAACCAUACUAGUUACUCUCUCCGCCAUCUUUUCAGUCAUUUGGUAUGGAUGGAUAUAUGCCAAAUCUAUGAAGAGGAGCUCCUCUCUACCACCAGGUCCGAGAGGCCUCCCAUUGAUCGGCAAUCUUGCGUCUCUCGAACCAGAUAUUCAUUCGUAUUUUGCAAAGCUAGCUCAAACUCACGGCCCAAUAUUCAAGCUUCAACUCGGCUACAAGCUUGGUAUUGUUGUGACCUCCCCUUCGCUGGCCUCCGAAGUUCUCAAAGAUCAUGAUAUUACGUUUGCUAACCGUGACAUUCCUGAUGUGAGUCGAGCAAUGGACUACGGUCGGUCCAACAUAGUUGCAACCCCAUAUGGUCCCGAAUGGAGGAUGCUGAGAAAAGUAUGCGUCUCCAAGAUGCUUAGCAACACCACCUUGGACUCUCUCUACCCCCCUCGCUCCCGGGAAGUUCGAAACACCAUCAAGUACAUUUAUAGCCAUGCAGGGUCACCGAUCAACGUGGGAGAUCAGCUAUUUCUAACCGUGUUCAAUGUCGUGACCAGCAUGUUAUGGGGUGGCACGAUCCAAGGAAAAGAUAGGGCUAGUUUAGGUGCAGAAUUCAGAGGAGUGGUGGCUGAGAUGACUGCGUUAUUGAGCAAGCCCAACGUUUCGGAUUUUUUCCCUAGCCUGGCUAGAUUCGAUCUACAAGGUGUGGUGAAGAAGAUGCGUGGUCUGGCCAUGAAGUUCGAGCAGAUCUUCGAGAAAAUGAUUGAUAAACGAUUGAAGGUUGAUGAAAAUGGCACGAGGGAUGCAACCAGGAGUAGAAGCAUAGAGUGCGAGGACUUCUUGGGAUUCUUGCUGAAAUUGAAGGACGAGGGAGAUCCCAAAACACCACUCACCAUGACUCACGUCAAAGCCUUACUCAUGGAUAUGGUCGUGGGUGGCACAGAAACAUCCUCGAACGCAGUUGAGUUUGCCAUGGCUGAGAUUAUGAGGAAACCACAAGUGAUGAGAAAAGCACAGCAAGAAUUGGAUGAAGUGAUCGGAAAGGACAGAAUGGUACAGGAAUCUGACAUAAACAAAUUCCCAUAUCUCUAUGCCAUCAUGAAGGAGUCAUUGAGGCUGCACCCAGUACUUCCAUUACUAGUCCCUCAUUGCCCUAGUCAAACAUGCACAGUAGGAGGCUACACUAUCCCCAAGGGCGCUAGGGUUUGUGUGAACGUCUGGGCUAUACACAGGGACCCUACAGUAUGGGAAAAUCCGUUAGAUUUUAAUCCUGAGAGGUUCUUGAAUGGUAGCAUUAAGUGGGACUAUUCUGGGAGUGACCUGAGCUAUUUUCCAUUUGGGUCUGGAAGGAGAAGCUGUGCUGGAAUCGCCAUGGCUGAGAGGAUGUUCAUGUACUUCCUCGCCACACUCUUACACUGUUUUGACUGGGAAUUACCAGAGGGAAAGGAGCCAGAUCUUGCAGAGAAGUUUGGGAUUGUUAUGAAGUUGAAGAAUCCUCUUGUUGUGAUCCCAGCUCCAAGGUUACCUGAUCCAAACCUCUAUGAGUAGAUCGGGGAAAAGAUGUUCUUGUGGAGGUCACUAUCCUAAAGAUUUAUGGUUUUAGUGGUGUGAUUUGGAUUUAAUUUCCAGUCGUGUUGCUUCAUAAUGGAAAUUAAAGUGAAGCCAAGAAGUGGAAUAUUCAUAUAUAUGA